AUGUCACUCUAUGCAGCAGGCCUCAACGCCUGGAGCCAAUUAGACUUUGACACCACCAAAAAAGACCAACAACCAGACGACAUCUUCACUUUCACUUGCCUUCUCGAGGACAAGGACAUAGACUAUAUCCGUCCAUUUCCAUCAUAUACCCAAGUCUACACAACCACCACCCCCUUCUCACCAACCUACACAGCCGGCCUGGUCCCAAAACUCCACCAACAACUCUCAACCUCGCACCCAGACCACUACCACCACUUCGCCGAAGCCUCCAACGACAUAGUAGUAGUACCAAACCACCCAACAAACCCCCACCCCCUCCAAUACCCCUCCCUCACCACCCUCCUCUCCCCCUCCUCCCAACCCAUCAGCGAAAAAGAUAUCAAAGACGUAGCAGUCGGCCAGUCACACGUCCUAGUCCUAACCACCGACGACGAAAUCUGGGGACGGGGAGACAACUCCUCUGGCCAACUCGGUUUAGGCAGAGAAACAAAACUAGUCACAGAAUGGACAAGACUAAAGGGGGAGUUUGAUCACGACAAGAAGAAAAUAAAGGGUGUUUGGGCGGGAGAAAGAAAUUCAUUUGUUGUUGUCCAGCCUUGA